AUCUGCACUGAUAUCAUCUCGUGUACUGCUCAGAGGUCAAAGUUCAGUUGAGGAAUCAGCCGAGGAAGAUGCUGGCGGACGGCAGGGAGGCUCCAGUCUCCUCCGUUGCUCAUGCCGACAGUGAUAAUGGGGAGGAGGAUUCCUGCCCGCGUAUGGCCCUACUGGCCGGAGUGGAGCAGAGCCGGAGGCACAGGACAGCGUUCACCCGCGAACAGUUGUCCCGUCUGGAGCAGGAGUACGGCAAGGAGAGCUACGUGUCCCGGGCAAGACGGUGUGAACUAGCGGCAGCACUCAACCUCCCCGAGACUACCAUAAAGGUGUGGUUCCAGAACAGACGGAUGAAGGAUAAACGACAGCGCCACAGUCUGAGCUGGCCUCACCCACUGGACCCCAACCUGUGUGCCUUCAUGGUGAGCCAGGCAGCUACAGGGCUGCCAUACCCCCUACUGCCUCAUAUUCCCCUAAAUCUGUACUCUCAUCUCAGUAUGGGAGGCAUGCCACCACUCUCCAGUCUGUCCAGUCCAUAUAGCGUUGCUUCUGUGAGACCACUGGACACUCUGCGCCUUUCACAUUCUCCUUACCCUAGGCUUGGUGGGCUUCCCUCUCCAGUACUUUACCCCCCAGUGCACACAAUGCAACAUCCUCCAACCUGUCCCUGCCCCUAUUGCCUCCACUGGGGACCAGACCAGCUGCUCAAGGCCAGAGGGGGACCCAGUCUUGGGCUCAGUUUGACCAGCAGCCCAAAACCUGCAGCUGCACUGAUAGAAUGCAGAGAAGAAGUUCCUUUGCCUCAGUGAAGGAAGGACUCCAUUUAAUAUUAGACAUUAAAUUUUUGGACAUCAUUGGUCACCAACCCUCCUCCUGUUUUAGAGUUUAAUGGGAACCAUAAUUUACCAAAUGAUGUUAAUCAAGAUCUUCAAAAAGCACAAGAUGUGAUCAGUUAGCGCAAGGAGUAAACUCUGCAGCAUGGCAGAUCUUCAGAGGGUUGGUAGCCACUCGUCUAUCAUCUAAUACAGAUUCACACUGCAAUGGCACAACCAAAGCUAGAGAAAGGGUACUGCCACAUUAUUUUUAUUUUAUGCUAUUUCUAGUUUCAUGUAUGUGGAAAUGUUUUAAAGAUAAAUAUUUUUAUGGCCUUCCUAA